AAUAAAUUACAACAAACACGUCCAUGGUACAAAUUUGCAAACACAACAACAAACAUUUUGUUAAGAUAAGAGGAGAGCAGCCAAAAGUUACAAUUAUGAAACACGAGAAACACUACAUAAGAAAACGAGAUGGUGAGUUUUAAGGAGAGACUCGAAUUGGUGAAGAGUUGAAGACUGAUUGAUGGAUGUUAACUGGAAACUGAUUCCAAAUCACAGAUUCUGAAGAGGAAAUGGAUGCUUCGAUUGUUUGCCUCCAUUUCUGCACUUGCUUUUAUCUUAUGGAUUAAGAGCUCUGGCUCAGAAAAACAGUCACUGUCACCUCCAAGCAGUAAAGAAAAUUCUCUCCGAAAACUGACACAACAAUUAAAUACUCUGUCAACUUACUUGCCGCUGGAUGAAAUAGCGAGGCAGUUGAAAAAUAAUGUACCUAACAUAUCAUGCAGUUUGAACUCACCUGACAAGGAUAGAAAACUGAAGUUUGAUCCAGACACAAGACUGAAUGUGAGUGGUCUGAUAUCCAACCAGGGGUACCCUGUUGAAGAGUAUUCUGUGCUGACUGAAGAUGGAUUCAUCCUGGGUAUACAGAGAAUUCCACAUGGAAGAAGCAACAAAUAUCUUUACGGGCCAAGGCAUGUGGUGUUCCUACAACAUGGGCUGGAAGGAAGUGCAACAAAUUGGGUGGAGAACCAGGCCAAUGAUAGCCUAGGAUUCUUACUAGCAGAUGCUGGAUUUGAUGUCUGGCUCGGAAAUGUCCGAGGAAACACUUACAGCUUAAAACAUAGAACACUGAAACCAACUGAUAAGGAAUUCUGGAAGUGGAGUUGGGAUGAGAUGGCCUUGUAUGACCUGCCUGCAAUGGUGAACUUUGCCUUGAACAUAAGCAACCAACAGCAGCUUUUCUACGUUGGACAUUCACAAGGAACACUUAUAGCAUUUGCUGCCCUCUCUAAGAAUCGCGACCUCAACAGGAAGGUGAAGAUGUUUUUUGCCUUAGCACCUGUGACAACUGUCAGCAACAUGAGUAGUCCAAUUCGCUUCAUUGCUGAUUACGGACUCGCAAAACCUAUUGUGGAUGCUUUUAUAAUGUUGCACAUUUACAGUUUCCUUCCUGACCUUCCAAUUUUCAAUGUGCUUGGUGACACAAUCUGUGAUAAUGACAACUCUGUGAUUCUCUGUCGAAGUGUCAUCUUUGUAAUUGCUGGAUACGAUUGCCAAAGAAUGAACCAAUCACGUAUCCAAGUGUAUGUUUCUAAUAACCCUGCUGGUACAUCAUUGUUUAAUUUAAACCACUUUGCUCAGAUGGUGUUAUCAGGAGAAUUUUCAAUGUAUGAUCAUGGUAUGCUGGGAAACCUUUUAAAGUAUAAACAGGCAAGACCACCAAACUACAUCAUUGAGAAUAUUCAGACUCCUGUGGCAAUAUUUUGGGGUGAGAAUGACAUUCUGGCUGACCCAACGGAUGUGCGGAAGCUGCGGUCGAAGCUAAAGAACCUUGUGUACGAUAGUUAUAUUGAGCAUUACCAUCACCUUGACUUCAUCUGGUCUGUUGAUGCUGCUGAUGCUGUUUACAAAGAUAUCAUUAAAUUAAUGAAUAAACACAUUUAAAGUGGCCAGGUACCUAGACAGGUGAAUGGAAAUUGACCUGGACAUGUACCUGGGCCCUAGACAGACAGACACUUCGAAGGAAUGGGAUGGAAAAAACAAGGUCAAAAAACCAAACUUAAAGGAGAUUGAGAGAAAAUAUAGUCAAGGAAGACUACUCAUCAUGUACAGAGAUCAACAAGCUUUUUAAAUAAUUAUUGUUUGUUUCUUUGUGUAAUUAAGGUAAGGGUAGGAAAUAACUUGUGACUUGCAGCUUUAACUGAAAUGCACACAGAUGUGGACUAACUCUUUCAACAACUUUCUUCUCCCCCAAUGGUCACAUCCUGUCUAAUCAGCUGUCAAGAAGCCACCUUCAUCUGUGCACAAAGACUGGGACUGAAUGCACCAGUUCACCGGGGUAACCUCCUUCUCUUCUCAAAGGAUGUACUAGGUUCUUUAAUGUGCAUGCUAGCCAAUUGCGUACACUGUGCCUACGGUUUAGAGUCCUUAUCCGAGAAGAUGACCUUAUGAUGAAUGAAAUUGUGCAUUUUAAUUACUAUAUAAGUACAGUACUCAUAUUUUUGUAUAUAAUAAUUUCUUUAUAUUGAUCACAAUGAUAGGAAUACAAAUGAAAUGCAAUAUGUACGUUUUAAUAACAUUUUUAUAUUUCCCAUUACAGUAUAUUUAUAGUUUUGAUAAUGUACAGAAUGUCUUUAUUUAAAUGACGAGUCCGAAUUCAUUAAACGUUUUUGUGUGAACUGUAUGUGAAUAUAAUAAAUCGAUAUACAGUAUUAACUGA